AUGUCGCCUUACGCGCAACACCUACUCCUCUCGACCGGGCGCAUGGACUGGACAAGCAGGAUCGAGGAUGAAAGGGACACUGCAUCAUGGGGACGGCUCACCUCAGAAAUGAAAGGGAUACUCGGACGGGGUGGUGAAUUCCACGAUCCUUACAACAAUAUCCUGAUCAGCACCUCUUCAUUCACUCCGUGGGAGGAGCAACAGCAGCAAUCUUCGCUCGAAACCGGCAAAGUCGACGCCAUCCUCUUCCCGGCCUUCAAGCAUAUCCGAUCCCUUACGCCUAGCACAGCAGCAAGUACAAGCACAACUACAAGCGAAACAGCCACAUCGCAUCUCCUACGGGAAUUCACACGAGCGUUCCUCCUCCCGGAGCGCCUACAUCGCAUCUACGACGGGAUCCCCAACGCCGAGCGCCGAGCAAAGACGCGGGAUCCGACGGUCGCGACGAACCUGCCCAUCAGCGUCGACGACAUCAACACGACGACGAUUCUCAUCUGCAGCCACGGACAGAGAGACAGCAGGUGUGGCAUUCUGGGGCCACUGCUCCACCGCGAGUUUCAAGCAUACAUCGACAGCCGUUGCCGGAGCACAACGCUGGAACCCGCCGAUUCGACGAGGUAUUCCGCCCAGGUCCAGAAAUUCCUCGCAGCGGCGGACGGUUCUCCGUCGUCCGAGCCUGUGCCCGUCAACAUCGGCACGAUGUCGCACAUCGGCGGGCACAAAUGGGCCGGCAACGUGAUCGUCUACACGCCACCGAACGCAGCGGCGUUGACAGCCGGUGCGCGCCAUCCUCUCGCCGGCAAGGGCAUCUGGUACGGCCGCGUCGAGCCGUGUCACGUGCAGGGCAUUGUCGAGGAGACCGUGCUCCGCGGCAAAGUCAUCCGCGAUCUGUUCCGCGGGGGUCUUGAUCAGGAUGGCUCUGUGAUUAGGCUAUGA